ACACAGACGGACGCGCGCGACUGAAGAAAGCGAAAAACACCAACGGUUACUACACCGCUUCCGAAGCCGUUUAACCGUAUACAUGACAUUUUCUCCGCCUUCCUUACAGUAGCCGUAGAGUAAAUUCCCCACACACGAACAAGAAAAUAAGCCAGAAUAUCAGGGAUGGAUGUGAAAGAUCAAGGAGCGCAGAUGGAGCCGCUGCUUCCUGCGGUUCAGAGUCCUGCUAGUGAAACUGAGAGACAAGAUGAGGAAGCUGUGCUGGACAGAGGUGGGACUCGGUCUAUGCUCAACACCAAUUUUGAGAAAGAGGAGCUAGAAGGGCAUCGUACCCUCUACAUUGGUGUUCAUGUACCUCUGGGUCGGAGAUCACACAGACGGCAUCGCCAUCAUGGACAUCGCCACAGGAAGAGGUCACGAGAAAGAGACUCUGGAACAGAGGAUGGCAGAGAAUCACCUUCAUACACGGACACACCGUCUCAGCGUGUGCAGUUCCUACUGGGAAUGGAGGAUGAUGAGGAACACAUUCCACAUGCUCUUUUCACAGAGCUGGACGAGAUCUGCCUGAAGGAGGGAGAGGAUGCUGAGUGGAAAGAAACGGCCAGAUGGCUGAAGUUUGAGGAAGAUGUGGAGGACGGAGGAGAGAGGUGGAGUAAACCGUAUGUCGCUACACUGUCCCUUCAUAGUCUGUUUGAGCUGCGGAGCUGCAUCCUUAACGGCACCGUCAUGCUGGACAUGAGGGCCAGCUCACUGGAGGAGAUCGCAGAUAUGGUAUUGGACCAGCACGAGACAUCAGGUCCAUUAGGAGAGGAGGUGAGGAAGAAGAUCCGAAAUGCUCUCCUUAAACAGCACCACCAUCAGAACCAGAAGAAACUGGCUAACCGGAUCCCCAUCGUGCGCUCUUUCGCAGAUAUCGGCAGGAAACAGUCUGAACCUCAUUCCAUGGAUAAAAAUGUCACUGUCACGAGCCAUUCGUCCCCCAGUCCCUGCUGCUCUUUCUGGUCUAGGUUCAGCAGCAGUGUAAGAGACAGACAGGUGCUCUUAUGCCCAGACUGGCCCCUACGAUGUCCCAAGUGUGUUUCAUCUCCCCAGAAACUACACCCAUGCCCUUCUGCCACCCCUGCCCCAAACAGUCCCCUCAUCCGACACCAUAAAACACACAUUCCCUUCAGCAAACGACUAAGCCCACCUUAUGGCUACCACGUCAUUCCCACACUGAACUUUGAGGAAGAGUCUCCAUCAGGUCAAAUGGUGUCUCCUCAGACUCAGCCCAUCAAUACAGAGGGUCGAGGUGAAGGCAGUCGUGAGAACAGUGCUGUUGACUUCAGCAAAAUAGACCUCCACUUCAUGAAAAAAAUCCCACCAGGCGCUGAGGCGUCUAACAUCUUGGUGGGUGAGCUGGAGUUUCUGGAGAAACCUGUGGUGGCCUUCAUCCGUCUGUCUCCUGCUGUUCUGCUCAAUGGGCUGGCAGAGGUCCCGAUCACCACCCGGUUUCUCUUCAUUCUGCUGGGGCCAAUGGGGAAAGGACCACAGUAUCAUGAGAUUGGUCGUUCCAUCGCCACACUCAUGACAGAUGAGGUGUUUCAUGAUGUGGCGUAUAAAGCAAAGGAGCGUUCUGAUCUUGUAGCAGGAAUUGAUGAGUUUUUGGACCAGGUGACUGUGCUGCCUCCUGGCGAAUGGGAUCCCACCAUCAGAAUAGAGCCACCUAAAAAUGUGCCCUCACAGGAGAAGCGUAAAGUUCCUCCUCUGGCUAAUGGUGGUGCAGAUCUUGGGGAGGAAGAGGCACACGGAGGGCAUGGUGGACCAGAGCUACAACGUACUGGGAGGAUUUUUGGUGGCUUUUUCCUGGACAUCAAGCGCAAGGCUCCUCACUAUCUGUCAGACUACACAGACGCCAUCAGCCUGCAGUGUCUGGCCUCCUUCCUCUUCCUUUACUGCGCCUGCAUGUCUCCGGUCAUCACCUUCGGAGGUCUGCUUGGAGAAGCUACUGAAGGACGCAUAAGUGCAAUAGAGUCUCUUUUUGGAGCCUCUAUGACGGGUAUUGCAUACUCAUUGUUUGCCGGGCAGCCCCUCACUAUCCUGGGCAGCACAGGGCCUGUAUUGGUCUUUGAGAAAAUCCUCUUCAAAUUCUGCAAAGAGUAUGGUCUAUCCUACCUCUCCCUACGCGUGUGCAUCGGCCUGUGGACGGCCUUUUUCUGUCUUCUGCUGGUGGCCACAGAUGCCAGUUCACUUGUGUGUUACAUCACGCGCUUCACAGAGGAGGCCUUCGCUUCUCUCAUCUGCAUCAUCUUUAUCUACGAGGCUCUGGAGAAACUCAUCCAUCUGGGAGAGACUUACCCUUUUAACAUGCACAACGACCUCAACAAACUCACUCAAUACUCGUGUGUAUGCACAAUUCCUAAAGAACCCAGUAAUGCCACACUAAAGUACUGGGAAGAAAAGAACAUCACUGCAUCUGAGAUUGACUGGUUAGGCCUAGAUGUCAAGGACUGUGUGGAGAACAGGGGUGAAUUUGUGGGCAGUGCGUGUGGUCAUCAUGGUCCUUACAUCCCUGACGUCCUCUUCUGGUCUGUCGUUCUCUUCUUCUCCACAGUGGCCAUGUCUUCUUUCCUCAAGGAGUUCAAAACCAGCCGUUACUUUCCCACCAAGGUGAGGCAGAUUAUCAGUGAUUUUGCUGUUUUCAUCACCAUCAUGACCAUGGUUCUGAUCGACUAUUGUCUGGGGGUUCCUUCACCUAAACUACAGGUUCCUAAUGUGUUCAAACCAACCAGAGAUGACCGUGGCUGGAUUAUCAGUCCACUGGGACCAAACCCAUGGUGGACUGUAAUUGUGACCUUCAUCCCAGCCCUGCUGUGCACCAUCCUCAUCUUCAUGGACCAACAGAUCACUGCCGUUAUUAUUAAUAGGAAGGAACACAAGCUGAAGAAAGGCUGUGGUUAUCAUCUGGAUCUGUUUGUGGUGGGUGUGAUGUUGGGCGUUUGCUCUGUGAUGGGUCUGCCGUGGUUUGUGGCUGCCACUGUGCUGUCGAUCAGCCAUGUCAACAGUUUGAAGCUGGAGUCCGAAUGCUCCGCUCCUGGAGAACAGCCCAAGUUCUUGGGCAUCAGAGAGCAGCGAUUCACCGGCCUCAUGAUAUUCGUUCUCAUGGGCAGCUCAGUGUUUAUGACCUCCGUACUAAAGAAUAUUCCGAUGCCUGUGUUAUAUGGAGUUUUCCUUUAUAUGGGAGCAUCGUCUCUCAGAGGCAUACAGUUCUUUGAUCGCCUGAAGCUGUUCGGGAUGCCGGCAAAACACCAGCCUGAUUUUAUCUACCUGAGACACGUUCCGCUGAGAAAAGUCCACAUGUUCACCAUCAUCCAGCUCAGCUGCCUGGUGCUCCUCUGGGUCAUCAAAACCUCCAGAGCCGCCAUAGUCUUUCCAAUGAUGGUCUUGGCUCUCGUCUUCAUCCGUAAGCUGCUGGAUUUUGUCUUUUCUAAGCGAGAUCUCAGCUGGCUUGAUGACCUCAUGCCCGAGAGCAAGAAGAAAAAGAUGGAAGAUGCACAGCAGGAGGAGAAUCAGUGUGUCUUGAUUGAGGAUGAAGGGAUUGUACAAGUGCCCCUAGAAGGACAUUAUAAGGAUGAUCCAUCCACAGUCAACAUCACAGAUGAAAUGACAAAGACGUCUUUUGGGAAUGUCUGGAAAGGCCUAAACCCUGACAGCGCCAACAAAGAAGAAAGCUCAAAAAGCUCAACGGUUGUGGGUGCCACUGGACAAGAGCGAAGCGAUGAAGACAAGGAGACCGAUUUGGAUAGAGAGACGAGUUUGUGAGUUGAUGUAUUUGGAAACUGUAUCGUGCCACACUACAAGCACUACUUUAGGCUUCUGUUCUGUAGGUCUGUGUGUGCCAGUCUGUGCCCAGGCACUUGUUGUAUUUACAUGUUAUAUUUACAUGUUUUUAUAUAUGUUUGAGUGUGUGGGGAGAUGAGCGCGUCUGAUUUUGUAUGAUUGAAUCUGCCACCCACAAGGACGAUUGUUGGGUUGCGUGUUUUCUAGUCUAACGGUCCAAUUGUAGUUUCACCUAUAGAAAAAUAAGGUUACUUUUGUUUUCAGCCAGGUAGACUGUAUUUUGUAUGUUUUAUAAUUUUUUUGACAGUAGAUCCUAUUGAAAUAUCUCGUCUUAUAGCCUGUACGUGUUUCUAAUAUACAAUUCAGUCUUUUUUAUUACGCAUAAAUGAUUGAUAUUCAUUUGCAUAGUUAAAGUAUCGUAUUUACAAGAAGCAAUUUCUGAUAGAAGAUGCACAAUGCACAGAGACCCGGAAGGAAUGUGAUGGUGGGGAAAAAAACUGGGUGGGAGAAAAAAAAAAACUGUGAUAGGAAAAUAUAUUUUUUAUUCCCUCUCAAAACUCUUUUUCCACAAACACUUCCUGUUCAAUUCAUACUUGUCAACCCUCCCGUUUUUGCCAGGAUUCUCCCGUAUUUUACCAUUCUAUUCCAUUAUCAUCCUAUCAUUAAUUAUUUUACCAUAUUUCUGAUAUAUUUUUAAUCUUGAAAGCACGCUGAAAUGAAUAUAAAAUGUCUGCAUUCACUUUCUUUCCAUCAAAGCUGCAAGUCGAUCAUCACCCUUCAUAUGCAACCCCCUGAAUCAGCGAAUGCAUGUAUUAGCGCUUACUGACGGACCUGCUCCGCAUGAUAAACUGAUACCAGAUCAGCUUCUGUACAUGCCAUUUAAAGAGGAGCGAAAGUGCAGGACACUUUGGGAUUUACGUGUGUGUUUAAACAGAUAAAUACACUUAAUAAUAUGUAAACAUGUCCGUCCUGCGUGUUUUAUUUUUAACACAACUAAUUUUCUCUUAAGUGAGCACAAACAGUUACUAAAGUAAUGGAAUGCUGCUCAAUCAUUAUAGAUCUGUACAUUCUUAAAGUGACACCUCUGUUAGCAAACAAAACAAAACCAGAGAUUCAUUUGCUGUUCUUCACUUGUUUGAUAACAGAGGUGUCACUUUAAAUGGCAUUUACAGAAACUGAUCUUGGAUCAGCUGAUCAUACAGAGCGCGUCCGUCAGUAAGCGCUAAUACAUGCAUUCGCUGAUUCAGGGGUUGCAUAUGAUUGGCGAUGAUCAACACACAGCUCUAAAGUGAAUGCAGACAUUUUUAUAUUUAUUUCAGCAUGCUUUCAAGAUUAAGAAUAUAUCAGAAAUAUGCGCAAAACAUCUUUGCAUUCCCUCGCAAAACAUCUUUGCGAGAACAGUCGGUGUGAAGGAACGCAAAAACUAAAAAAUAUAUUUUCCUAUCACAGUUUUUUUUCUUUCUCCCAUCCGUUUGUUUCUCCCACCCAAGUUUUUCCCCCCACCAUCAUGUCCCUCCCGGGUCUCUGUAAAAACGUAGUUCUAUCAGCUUUUUAAAACGUCUGUGUGAAAAUGUCGUUCACAUCACUUCAUUCGAUACUCGAUGUUAACAUUUACUAAUGAACAGUGACCAAUAUUUGUAAAAAAAAAAAACUUUUAUGAACCGUUUGGGGAAUUUGAUUGUUUUUCCCUACAAACACGAACUUGUACUCAUUUUAACCUCAAUUUUCUUGAAAUGAAACACACCCAUGUUCAUAAAUUGACUUGAUUUGUUUUUUGUUGUUGUGGUUGUUUUGAAUUUUUUUAUUUUUGAAAACAAAGCUUUAUCUCAUUCUGUGUAGCACUCGACCAUGCAAAUAAUAGUAAACAUAUAUUUUGUUAAAAUGUUGCAUAUAAUAAAAGUGUAUUUGACAAUGUUUCUGAGUGACAGGGCAUCUGUUUCCUCUUCAAGACUCAUUAACAAAGCCGUAAAGAGACCUCAUCGCUCUGACGAACGAAUUAAACUAUUACUGCCGAGAAUACAAAAACCAUACAAGAAAUGCAAUAAUAUUCAUUGCCAUGCGAGGGGCAUUAUACCAUGUAGUAACCAGAAACGGUCUAACUUUGAUCAUCGACACAUGUACAUGUGAUUCUGUAUUUUGUCUGUGUGUAUAAUCUUAAAUAACACAACCUGUGGAUCUAUUUAAAUAUGUAUAGAAUGGAGAGAUGAAUGUUUUCAUGUUACCGUCAGUGUUAUUACAGUGUUUUGCCAUUUUUGGAGGAAGGUUGACGGAACCACGACACGCACAGUCACGUCAUGCACAUGUCGACAGUAUAAAGUAUUCUGUUGAUUUCACUGUAAAAAAAAAAAAAAAAAAGCAUUACUUCCUGAAGAAGCCUCUGUUGUUUAAUAAAUUAUUCAUUCAGAUGAACAUGUAUGCUACAACUGUGAGAAUUUUUCAUCAGAAUAAAUGUGACUACAAAUA